GCGCUUCGCGGAAGGACGGCCGGUCGGUUCGCCGGGCCGGGCGCCGGCUGCGACUGCAGGUCGAUAUAUAAAGGGCCGCGCCGACCGGCGCCGCAUCCGCCAUGGCGCCGCAGCCGCGCUCUCUCUGCUCGCGACUGCUCCUCCUGCUUCUGCUGCCGCUGCUGGCCGCUGCCGACCCUGUACCAGCCGACACCUUCGUCACUGAGGGAUGCGUGCCCUACAAGCCGACGGGCACGCCCGCAGACAGCGCGGCUGAAGGCCGUUGGCUGGUGCUGAUGGGCUUUUCGGCGUCCAACACAGUGCGCGCCUAUUGCCAGAAGGUGACCGCCAAGGCAGGGUCGCGCCCGGGGCUGCUGCGUCUCUACUGGGAGCUCAGCAAGACAGAGGACGAGGUGCCGGCGUGGCUGAUCCGCGAGAAGCGAGUGCUGGCGGUUAGCAUCUGCAAGCCGGACGCGCCACCGCACCUGCUGCUGCUGGGCCGCAAGCCCGAGUACCCGCUGACGGUGGCGGCGCGCCUCGGACGCUCCAUCACGGGCGCGCGCUUCCGCUCCGGCUUCCUCUGCACCGCCACCGUGCGCUUCACCUGAGGCCGCCGUCGCUGCACCCCGCCCCACCCCGCACCGUCCCACUCUCCCAUCGCACCGUCUAACAUGUAAAACUCGCGCCAAUAAAACUUUUUUUACCCGA